UCAAGAAACGCGCGUUCGUGUGUAGAUGAGGUAUAAAAGUACAUCUUGCAUUAAUGUGUGAGACCUGGCGGUACACUCACUCCAUAUAUAUCUCAUAAUUAAGCUAAACGGGGGUACUUGCAGAACUUUUUACCCCAUUAUAGUAGGACACAAUGCCUGUUCGUCGAGGACACGUUGCGCCUCAGAACACCUUCCUGGACACCAUCAUCCGGAAAUUCGAGGGUCAAAAUCGCAAGUUCAUCAUCGCCAAUGCUCGAGUGGAGAACUGCGCCAUCAUCUUCUGCAAUGAUGGUUUUUGUGGUAUGUGUGGUUAUACGCGUGCAGAGGUCAUGCAGAAACCGUGUACCUGCAGUUUUUUGUAUGGACCACAUACUGGAAGACCAGCUGUGGCCCAGAUGGCCAAAGCUUUACUGGGCUCUGAAGAAAGGAAGGUGGAGAUCUCCUUAUACAGGAAAGACGGUCUAUGUUUGCAGUGUCUUGUAGAUGUGGUUCCAUUAAAAAACGAAGAUGGCUUAGUCAUCAUGUUUAUCCUAAACUUUGAGCUUGCAGACCAGCUAGACAGAUCCCUGGGCAGCUCACCGAACAGAGACAUCGACUACAAACUCCCUAUACCCUGGCUCUCUAGAGCAAGAAGACGUCGGCUCAGGCUUUCCAUGCCUCUGCUCCGCUCCCUAAGCAAACAGUCUCUUCAUGAAGAUGCCGAAAGGGGCUACCUCCAGCAGAUGCCACACAUGGGCCACGAGUCAGUAGCCCUUGACAAACUCCUGUCUAUGCCAGAACGUUCUGCAUUAGGGGGAUCUGAGGUUUUGAUUUGGGAAGAAAAGGCCCAGACAGAGACCGAUGGUGAGCCACAGCCAUCAGAAGCAUCCCCUCCCCUUCCUCAGGGCUUUUCUCAGUCCUCCCCACGUUUGCCCAACCUCGCGUCAGGAGCAUCCCCAUCCAGCUGCAACAUGGCCCACAGUCGCUCCUGCGAGAGUCUUGGCGACAUGCGGCCUUCGGCCUCCACCAGUGACUUCAACUGGGACAGAAAGCUGCCCGUCAGACCCAGCAGCACAGGUGCCAUGAACCGCAAAGCUAGUUUACAGAAUGCUUCAGACUCAGAUCUCAAUCGGCUCCGGACUUCAGUUCGGGCCCCCCAGAUAACACACAACCUUAUAGAUAUGAAGCCGGAUCCCUUAAUCGCUGUUCCGCCCAGUGAGAUUGACAUCAUCGCCCCAUGCAAACUGAUAGAUCGGACACAUAAUGUCACAGAGAAGGUCACUCAGGUCCUGUCUCUGGGUGCGGAUGUUCUUCCUGAGUAUAAGCUCCAAGCUCCCCGCAUCCACAAAUGGACCAUUUUACACUACAGCCCAUUCAAGGCGGUGUGGGACUGGGUCAUCUUACUGCUCGUGAUCUACACGGCCAUCGUCACACCUUAUUCUGCAGCGUUCCUGCUCAGUGAUGAGACGCAGAUCAGCGUUGAGGAAGAAGAUGCCAUGAACCCUUGCUACUAUUGUAGUGCACUUAAUGUAGUGGACCUCAUUGUAGAUAUCAUGUUCGUAGUAGACAUUGUAAUUAACUUUCGCACAACGUACGUAAACAGCAAUGACGAAGUCGUGAGUCAGCCGGGGCGGAUAGCCGUACAUUAUUUUAAAGGCUGGUUCCUCAUUGACAUGGUGGCUGCCAUUCCCUUCGACUUGCUCAUUUACGGCUCUGGAGAGGAGACAACAACUCUCAUUGGCCUGCUGAAGACCGCUCGGCUGCUGCGAUUGGUGCGCGUGGCUCGUAAACUAGAUCGCUACUCUGAGUAUGGAGCUGCUGUGCUUUUUCUACUCAUGUGCACCUUCGCGCUGAUCGCCCAUUGGCUGGCCUGCAUCUGGUAUGCUAUUGGGAACGUGGAGAGAAGUUCCAAUUCUAAGAUUGGUUGGUUGGACUCUUUAGGAGAACAGCUGGGAAAGCCUUAUAAUAAUUCCAUACAUGGAUCAGGUCCCUCUAUUAAAGACAAAUACAUCACUGCGCUCUACUUCACCUUCAGCAGCCUCACGAGUGUAGGCUUUGGAAACGUCUCACCAAAUACCAACUCUGAGAAGAUCUUCUCUAUCAGUGUCAUGCUCAUUGGAGCGCUGAUGUAUGCUAGUAUAUUUGGAAAUGUGUCAGCUAUAAUCCAGAGGUUGUACUCUGGCACAGCGCGUUACCACACUCAAAUGCUGCGGGUCCGGGAGUUCAUCCGUUUCCACCAGAUCCCCAACCCACUCAGGCAACGACUGGAGGAGUAUUUUCAGCAUGCUUGGUCCUACACUAACGGCAUUGACAUGAAUGCUGUGCUGAAGGGGUUCCCAGAAUGCUUACAGGCAGACAUCUGUUUGCAUUUAAACCGUACCUUGUUGCAGAACUGUAAAGCUUUCAAGGGGUCCACUAAAGGCUGCUUACGUGCCUUGGCAAUGAAGUUCAAGACCACGCAUGCUCCACCAGGAGACACCUUGGUCCACGCGGGCGAUGUGAUUUCAGCACUCUACUUCAUUUCUCGUGGUUCUAUUGAGAUCUUAAAGGGAGAUGUAGUAGUGGCCAUUUUAGGAAAGAAUGACAUCUUUGGAGAGCCUAUUAACUGUUUUGCACGUCCUGGAAAGUCAAGCGCAGAUGUAAGAGCAUUAACUUACUGUGACCUUCACAAAAUUCACAGAGAGGAUGUACUGGAGGUCCUGGACAUGUAUCCAGAGUUCUCAGACUGCUUCUGGGGCAACCUGGAGAUCACUUUCAACUUGAGAGAUACAAACACUAAGGUUGGAUCAAUGAGCAGUGACCCUGACGAUUCAGACCAUGGCUGUCACGACAAUUUCUCACACAGGGAAAGGUUGUUCUUCAGUUCCAAGAAUGAGAGAAAUCUAGUGCUCCAAGAAAAAACACAGAAGGAAGAAGACAAACCCAACAGAAUGACUUACCAAGCACAGAAUCCGAUCAACGCUCAGGACAGACAAAUUGCUCAUAGGGACUCAGACAUUUUUGCCUCCCAGUCCAGCAGUGAUGACGAGGAUGAGGCCAAGCAUCCGUCUGUGUUAGUGGACUGCUCGCAAAGCCAUAUCACUAGCUUGGGCAAUGCUAAUGGGGAGAAGUACCAGAAAACCAGUAACUCUUUUAAUGCACUGUCAGGAACUCUUUCUGGCGUCUCAAACAUGUUCAGUUUUUGGGGGGAGAAUCGUGGCCAUCAGUACCAGGAAGUACCCAGCCACAGCAUAUCCUUCCCUUCAUCUUCAGUUCCAUCCAAUAUGAUCCUGCACAAUGUUCCUCAGCUCCAUUGCUCUGAGGUAGAGAACAGACUGGAACUGAUGCAGAGACAGCUCCAUCGACUUGAGAAGCGCAUGUCAACGGACAUCGGGGCCAUUAUGCAGUUGCUUCAGAGGCAGAUGGUGCAGGUUCCACCGGCAUACAGCUCGGUGACUUCUCCGGUAGAAGCAUCUGCAAAUCCACUCAAACCAGGCCAAAAACUGGUUCAGCCUGUCAACCCUUUAGAAACAGAAACACCGGAUAUUCCCUCUCAGAUUCUUCAUCCACAGGAAUUUGCUGACAGUCCUAAAAAGUCUAAUGAAAGCAUGUCGGGGGCAAUGGAGCUACUAGAAUGUUCCCUACAGCCCUCCUCUGAUGGUCAGGCUUUCAACCAGAGUUCUGCUGAGACAAAUACAGGGACAUGGCCGCAUAGCACGGGCCAAAAUUCAGCAAACCUCUCAGAUGAUCUAUCAGCGCACACUGAUGCACAGCAGGCUGAACAAGGAAAUGAUCAUUUAUAGGAGCCUUCUGGAACAGUUCAUCAUUUACAAGGUGGACCGAGGCUAGAUUUAGUGUCUAAUGAGUGGGUUUGAUUCCCAAAUACGAUUCUGAUCCUGGGAGUUAGGAGUGAAGUGUUUGUUUAAGCAUCCAAAGGCUUACAAACUGAAGGACCACCUAAAAGCAGAAAGUCCCUCCUACUUCAGGUUCAUAUUAAUUACCUCAGAAGCGUAGAGUCGAAAUUAAUGUCCCUGUAGUUUUGCAAGUUUGUGUUAGCUGGUCUAACAAUAUAGUUUUUACCUGUCUCUCGCUGAAAAUGUUUUAUUUCACAAAAAGUGUUCAUUUGUUAUUUUGAGCCAUAAAUGCAAUGAUUUGUAUUAGCAUAUCAGUUUUUUAAUAAUGCAGUUUUGUGUGUUGUCUGUAUCGAAAAGGUGUCUGAUGAAACAAUACACUGCACUGACUAAUCAUAAAAAGACUGGUUAAGGUUUAAGCCUUGGUUCAGUUUAUGACAAAGAAAUUUUUUUAUCUCAGGUGGCAGAACACAAGCUCAUCUCAUGUAGAUGAAAUACCUCCAAAUAAGUCAGUCCAGGAAAGAUUGAUACCUGCUGUAUAAUAUGACUCAGCUCUUUAAAGUGCAUGAGUAAAAGCAUGUGUUAAUAUCUUUCUCUGCACAGAUUUUCCAACAAAGUAUAUUAUCACUAAAUAUCAUCUGUUUGACCAAAGGGUCAAAUUAUGUGUAGAAUGUGAUUUAGAAAGUAUAAAUUAAGAUCAUAUGUGAAACAUCCAUAUCAGCAGUGCAGUUAAUGUAGUAAAUGCCAGACACCUUUUAGUAGUAAAUCAUACCUUUCAAGAAAGAUAUUAUUAUGAAAUGUGACAUAUAAAAGGAGUAUAGCUGGGAAUGUUAUAAUGUAUUUAUUAAUUUAUUGCAAUCUUGUGUAGGAGUAUUUAUUGUUAGUUUAUUAUACAUUUACUAUUGUGCAGAUUUGAUCUAUAAACUUGGGUCAUAUUC